GCGGCUUGCAUCUGACAGAAAGUGAGGAAUCUCCCCAUCAAAAACACCCCCCUGUUCAUACGUGUGUUUGUGGGUGACUGCCUGCCUGACUUCACUUCCUCUGCAGCAGCACGUUUAACUCAUCAUCAUGGGUCGAACACCACAUAGAGAUCAAAAAGAGGAGAAGAAGGAGAGACGAAACAGCAUCACAGCUGGCUCUGCCCUCGACAAAUCUAACGAGCCAUUCAGUUGGGAAGAAUAUCUGAGAAAAACUUCCUCCACUGCAGCCUCGCCUACUUGCUUCAAACAGUCCAGAGUCCCCCCCUCCAAUGACUUUAAAGCAGGUAUGAAACUUGAGGCGCGGGACCCUCGCAACUCUAACUCUGUGUGCAUUGCAACGGUGAUGGGCAUGAUGGGUACUCGUCUGCGCCUGCGUCUGGAUGGUAGCGACAACACCAACGACUUCUGGAGACUGGUAGACUCGUCAGACAUCCAACCAAUAGGAACCUGUGAAAGGAACGGAGACAUGCUCCAGCCACCGCUGGGUUUCAGGAUGAAUGCCUCCUCGUGGCCCAUGUUCCUCCUACGGACGCUGAGUGGAGCAGAGAUGGCGCCUGCCUCUGCCUUUAAAAAGGAACCAGCCAAUCCUGCUAAAAACUACUUCCAGCCUGGGAUGAAGCUGGAGGCUGUGGACAGAAAAAACCCCUACCUGAUUUGUCCUGCCACAGUUGGAGAGGUCAGAGGUCAGGAGAUCUUUGUCAUGUUUGACGGCUGGAGAGGUGCCUUUGACUACUGGUGCCCCUUCGACUCCAGAGACAUCUUCCCCGUCGGCUGGUGUGCACUGACGAAGCAUAGUUUACAGCCACCUGGAAACUUCUUUACCCUCCCUGGUGCGCUCCUCGUCCCUGUUUCUUCCACCUCAUCCUCCCUCACCACGCGUCGCUCUUCUUCCAACUCUUCCUCCACUAUGCAGACCUCAUACCGACUGCCCAACCCCUUGCCUCCCCUCCCUGUGCGCAAGGGUGUCCGAGGUCGUCGUCCCAAAUCCCAGACUAUUGCUUUGUUGAAAGCAGCGGCUGAGGCUGCUGCAGCAGCGGCAGCAGUAAAUGGAGCAUCACAGAGCCCUCCCAGAACUAGCUCUGGGGCUCAACUGGCCCCCAGACCACACAGGAAGAGAGGGCCCAAGCCUGGGAGCAAGAGGAAGCCUCGGGUGGUGCAGUCCCUGGGGGCAUUGUCAGUUACAGCUUCGCCUCCAGAGACCAGACUGAGCUCCAGCCAUGUCUCACCAGACAACAACCACAGCAACAGCUCCAAUGUGGUGUGCACAGUGUGCGUCUAUGUGAACAAACACGGUAACUACGGCCCCCAUCUUGACCGAAAACUAGUGCAGCAGCUCCCAGACCAUUUUGGCCCAGCUCCAGUCAACGCAGUGCUUCAGCAGGCUGUUCAGGCCUGUGUCGACUGCACGUACCAGCCCUCUGUGCUGCUCUCAUUCCUACAGAGCCAGUCCCACACAGGAGGAGAGGUCAUCAGAGUGCGGUCAGAGCAUGGUAUCCGCUACGUGAAGCUGCCCUCCGCCUCCAGUGCUUCGUCUGUGCUACGGUUCCUGGAGAACAUGUGUCAACAUCUGGAGAGUGACAGUCUGUUCAGCUCGCAGCCGUUCAGCUCUUACAGCAAAAACACACGUUUCUACGACAGGACAAAGUCAGAACCGCUGUCACACACUGAGAACGGCCUGUCUAAUGAAGAUUCCACAAAGGAUCCUGUUCCCAGCACCCGAUCCCUACACACCGCGUCAGACUACCGACCCCCAAAGAAGGAGCGGCCAUAUUACCCUGGACACACACACACGCCGCCACCUUUACGACGCGUCAACUCCAACCCGACCGAACUUGGCCCAAUACGUACACACAGACGAGUGGAGGCAGCAAGCUCAACAACAGGCCCAGACCAUGUAACACAGGAAAAGGAGGUUUCAGGGAACGACGCCUCCUCCUGGUCAGUUGGCGAUGUUGUACGGUUUGUCCAAGAGGUUGAUCCCCAAACUCUCGGCCCACACGUCGAACUGUUCAGGAAACAUGAGAUUGAUGGCACAGCUCUGAUGCUGCUGCGCAGUGAUGUCAUAAUGAAAUACAUGGGACUGAAGCUGGGCCCGGCACUCAAACUCUGUCAUCACAUCGAGAAGCUGAAACAGACCAAACAAUAGAAAUGGAGGCACUCGUUUCUCACUGGCAAACAAACACACAAACAAACACUCAUUAUCCUACAUGGAUAGUGCAGUAUAAACCUACCUGAAGCAGGGUCGUAGGCACCAAGAGGACACUGAGGUCAUGUCUUCCUUUUUUGUUUUCUUUGUGAGUUUGAAGGUUUUAGCAAACUGCAGGGAGUUUAAUGUUAAAAUGUACACAUGGUGGGUAUUUUAUCAACUGAUUCCAGUGUUUUUAUACUCAAACUGUUUAAUUUGUCUCUUUUUUAGGCCAACAGAUGAAUCAUUCAACAAAAACCUGAAAAAUCCAACUAAUUAAAGAAAUCAAAACCUUCUUUUUGGUUUCUGUUGGUAUUGAUAUAUUUUUCUGUCUGGUGGGGUGUGUGUUGGGUGACUCGUGACCUCAGUAUUUCUAAAAUCCUUGCUACGGCCCUGAUCUGUUUAUUUUUUUAAAUUUACAGACCACAGCUUACUUUAAAGCAGACACACAGUACAUCAAUUAAUAAUUUGCCUCAGUGUGAUUAGUAUCAGAUUCCCGAGCAUAGGUGUGAGUUUUGUUCAUAUUAGUGUCUUUUUUGCCUUACUAUGAACAUCUAGAGGCCAUAUUUAUAUCCACAUUUUAAUUUAUCUCUACAUUUACACUUUUACACGUAAGCACAGACAUACACUGUAGGUUUUGCAGCUUUCUCUCUUCGGAUGUUUGGCUGUUCUGUUUUUUCCUUUUUUCACUAGUCAGAAUUUCAGGAUUGAUCCUCUGCACACAAGUUUGGGAAGGUUAGUUCAGGUACUGGCAGUGAUUGCUCACUGCAUAGUUUCUACCAAUGCAAUAACGAUUCUGACUGAUUGCUUCUUUUAUAGACUGUUGUGAAUGCAAGCCAGUGAAUGUAAGAAGACAUGAGCAUUAUUACUAAGAGGUACUAAACAACUAUAGUGCCCCAGUUAUAUGAAUGAGAAGUGUUUCUCCCUGAAGUCAGUCAAUCAAUACAUAAAAACACUUAUAUUGAUAAAAAUCAUUAAUUAACUUUGGCAGAGUAGGCACAACUUGCAGAUAUCUUAUAAAGAAAAUGUUUCAUUUGUUUCACAGCGUGGGCUGUAGAUCCAGGAAAUCAGUAACUUUUAUUUUUUUAUUCUUCUUUAUUUGUCUGUUUCAUGUGAUGGAAGACAUUCAAGCUGAACAAUUUCAGCUUGAGCACUGACUUUGGUACAUGAUUGUAUUAUGCUUGGGCAGCCACAUUAUCAAACCCCCCCCCCACACACACACGCACACACACAAUGGCUGGAAUACUAUUGAAAGUGUUGACUUUAAUGGGGACCUCUUAUGCUUCUCCUUAUUUUCAAGUAUAUGCAUAAUGUUACAAUGUUGGAUGUCCAUGUUACGCUCAGUCCCCAUUGGUUUCUCCUCCUUCCUCGAAAUGAAAGUUUCCCAUUAUUUAGUCAUUUAAAAUCUUUCACUAUGAGGUAGUAAAGCAGGAAAUGUUGGGUUUGCAUCAGCGGUACCUUCACAUGACUCUGAUAUGGCUGCCCCUUGUCUUUGGAAAGCUAUCCCAGUCCCAGAAUAAAAAGCUGGAAACAAGCAUAAUGGGUCCCCUUUAAAGGAAAGGCAAGUUCAUUAACUGUCGAGUUUGAAUGCUGUACAGAAAAGUGCUCCUGAAUGAGUACAAGAUCGAGAAACUGUUUUGUAUAAAGUAAAGCCAAAAGGUUGUUUUUUUGAUAUCAUUUUGUACUAUAACAAAGUGUAUCAACCUGUAUCAAGCGUAAGUGUAAUCAAAGUUAAUUCUGCCUGAAAUCGUUUUUGUGUGUACCAUCAAAUAACUACCUACAGGACGAUGUUGUGUCAGAGUAAUUAUUCACUUGUCUCAAAAGUAUCUGUCUGUUUUUGAUGGCAGAGAUACUAAUUUUCUGAACAUUUCAGAACCAUUUUCGAACCAAAUCAUGUCUCUUGUAGCUACAUUUCACACUGUUGCUCUCCCGUAGUGGUAACAAGUUGAUACUUGAAACCGUCUUGCUUUAAUGUGAAACUCAGGUUUUAGUAGUUUCUUAGAAGAUGUUUUACAUCAUUAGCAUUUUGUGUUCAUGACUACAACAUAGAGGGACUGCACAAUAACCAACUAUGUGUAUUUUUAUGCCUUGUCAUCUAUCGCUCUUUAACAUUUCAUAUGUAUAUAUUCAACUUUUUACUGUAAGUUCAAAAAAAGAUGUUUGUUAAUAUGUUUGAUAUGCAUUCACACAAUUAAACAUUU